UCCAGAACCAUGGGUGAGACGUCAGCGUUCCGUAAGCGUCUAGUCCGGUGGCUGGAGGACAACCGAGGGUUCAUCAUCCUGGUCUUCUGUCUGCCGGCAAGCUUCCUGUUCGACACCUGCCUGCAGCUCAGAAACUGGUUCCGUCGGAGAUUCCUGUCAGCCCCAGAGAAGCACGAUGAUCGCGUACGGGAGAUCCAGCGGAGAAUCCGCCGGUGGAACGACCUUCCAGCCGACCGCAGGAAACCCAUGUGCACCUCACGACCAAACUGGCUCAGCCUGUCUACUACCUUCUUCCAGAAGGACCAGUGUGAGAAGAUCCCUGUUGACCUGUACAACAUCCUGUCGCUUGACGAGGCCCGGCAGGUGGUUCGUGUGGAGCCGAUGGUUUCAGUUGGUGACAUCACUCGUUACCUCAUCCCUCGCGGAUACACCUUGGCGGUUACCUUGGAGAUUGCGGAUGCGACGUGCGGAGGUUUGGGUCUGGGCGUUGGCAUGACGACGUACUCACACAGGGUGGGUCUGUACCAGGAGGCAGUGGAGUCGUGGGAUGUGUUGCUAGGCGACGGUUCCCUCGUGCACGCCACGAAGGACAACGAACACUCGGACCUGUACCACGCUCUGCCCUGGUCUCAUGGUUCCCUCGGGCUGCUGGUGGCCAUGGAGCUUAAAAUCAUCCCGGUUAAACCUUACCUCAAGCUGACCUACAUCCCUGUCCACGGUCAGAAGGCUUACUGUGACAUGAUGAGGGACCUCUCAGGGGCCUUGGACAAGACUGCAAAGCUGCCUGACUAUCUGGAAGCGACAGUUUUCUCCAAAGAAGAGGCAGUUGUGAUGGUGGGAAAUUUUACUGACGUCACGGAUCCCAAGGAGAAGGCCAAGAUCAACCACGUAACCCGCUGGUACAAACCGUGGUUCUACAAACACGUAGAAACGUUCCUGAAGAGAGGAGAGAACUAUGAGUACAUCCCACUCAGGGAGUAUCUCCUGCGACACAACCGGGCCAUCUUCUGGGUCGUGGAGUCCAUGAUUCCCUUCGGAAACAACCCUAUAUUCAGACUGCUGUUCGGCUGGCUGUUACCUCCCAAACCAGCUUUCCUCAAGUUCACUACCACACCAGGGGUCAGGGCCAUGACCUUCGCUAAACAGGUGUUCCAGGACAUAGUCCUCCCCAUGACAGUACUAGAGAAGUCAGUAGACAGAGCUGAGGAGCUGUUUGACACCUAUCCUAUCCUGAUCUAUCCCUGCCGCAUCUACGACCAUGGGGUCAGCAGAGGUCAACUCAGACCCCCCAGGAAGGACCAGAUGUGCCCCGGGACUAACUACGGAAUGUUCUACGACCUUGGUGUGUACGGAGUUCCGGGUCCGGUGAAGCGCCGUGAGCGAUACGAUCCUGUUCACGCCAUGCGCAGUAUGGAGAAGUUUAUCCGAGAGGCCGGUGGUUACUCCUUCUUGUAUGCCGACAUCUUCAUGACCAGAGAGGAGUUUGAAGAAAUGUUUGACCUGUCUCUGUAUGAGAAGGUGCGUAAGAAGUACGGUGCAGAAGGAGCGUUCCCUCACCUGUAUGACAAGGUCAAACCUGAGGUUGACGUCUUCGAGAUCGGCAGACAGUGUGCCGAGGAGUUCGACAAGUAGAUUUUAUGAACAAUCCACAAAUAAUUAUAGUCCAGCCUGGGGUUUAUGGAAAACACUGGGUGUCAGACCUGGUCUGGCUAGCAGGUCAGGCUACUCAAGAAUGAUGACACAUCUGGCACCCAGCAUUUUCCAUCAACCCUCCAACCUGUACUAGUGACCACCUGGCUACUAUACAUGAAUUGUAUGGUAUAAUAUGACAACUAAUAUGAAAA